AGGCUAGCAAGGGCUGGACGGCGACGCAGCAGCGCCGAGCUUGAGUACUGGGAGCACAGGAGGCGACGCGUGGUGGCGAGCAUCGCGGAAAUGCUGGGCGCCAAGGGCCACCGCCCCGCCAGGAAGGUGCUCGGCGUGCUGGUCGACGAAUUCGAGGACGCGCUCGUCACCGAGGAGCCCCUGGCGGUGCCCGCGCGCAGCGCCCACGUGGCCGAGAUGGCGGAGCUGCUGGGCAGGAGCCUGCGCCUCGAGCUGCAGGCCGCCAUGCACCGCGGCGACGUCGGCGAGGUGCAGGAGCUCCAGCUGCUGGCGCAGCGGGCGCGGCGCAGGGUGGACCCCGCGCUCUGCGCCGAGGAGGUGCGGGAGGCGGCCCGCUUCGUGGAGGCGCGGGGCGCGACGCGCCGGCAGCAGAUCUGGCGCCUCGCGAGGCUCUGCGACCGAGAGGCCGUGGUGUGGCUGGCGCUAGGCCUCUUCAUCAAGGUGGUCUCCCAGAUACCCGGCCCCCUCCGCAUGCUGUACGUGAGCUCGACUGUGAUGGCCGCGUCGAAGGGGGUGGCCGGCCUGGACGAGUUCCACCAGGCGGCCGUCACGUCCUUCUGGCUCUUCGCGGCGGAGAAGCUCCUGCAGUUCGCGGGUCGGAUCACCAUGUUCAGGGGCGAGCAGCUCUUCACGGUGCGGCUGAAGAGGGAGGUGUACGCGGCAUGCCUCCGACAGGACAUGGAGUUUUUCGACACUCAGCGCUGCGGCGAGCUGCAGACCCGCCUGAACAAGGACACCCAGGAGGUGUGCCAGAAGCUGCUCUACUUCCCCGUGCGCUUCGUCCAGUUCACGUUCUUCCUCAUCUUCAACCUGCUCACCCUGCUGUCCGCCAACCCUCGCCUGGUGCUCGCGACGCUGUCGGUCCUGCCCGUAUCGCUCUUCGGGAACCUCAUCCUGAUGAAGCGGCUCCAGAGGUUCUACCAGAAGCUGCGACGGCGCGCGGAGGAGUCUGCGAGCUCGACCCAGGAGGUGCUGAACAGCAUCCGGACAGUGCGCUCCUUCGCCAGGGAGUUCCGGGAGCUGCAGCGGUACACCCGCGACCAGGAGUACGAGGCGAGGGUCCUCAGCGAAGUGAACCUGCUGCAGAGCAUGACGCAGCCGCUGCUGCAUGCGAUCAGCGAGAUGUCCUUCUUUGUCGGCCUGUACUACGGCGGCCUGCUCAUCACCCAGGGCCUGCUGUCGGCAGGGGAGGUGAUCACCCUGGUGCAGGGCACGCAGGCCUGCACGAGCGUCCUCACCGACCUCUUCGACACCCUGCCCGAGAUAGCCGCCGCGGGGCCGCCAGCAGCCAGGAUCUGCGACCUGCUCGAGCGGCCCUCGUCCAUAGAGCCAGGCCUGAUCGUCGGGCGCGAGAUGGAAGCCGGGCACCCAGCCCUGGCGAGCGGCGCCGGUGUGCCCAGGGCCACGGGGGGCGCUGGCGCCGUCUGCUCCUUGGAGGGGGGGGUCGAGUUCGAGGAUGUCCACUUCUCCUACUCGUCGCGGCGGGACCUCCAGGUGCUCCGUGGCCUCAGCUUCGUAGCCCACGCUGGGGAGGUGGUGGGGCUCGUUGGGGCCACUGGGUGCGGCAAGAGCACGAUCACGUAUCUGCUGCUACGGUUCUACUCGCCAGCGAAGGGCCGCAUCAGCCUGGACGGGAGACCAGUCGAGGAGUACGAUGUCCACUGGCUGCGCCAGCAGAUCGGAGUGGUCGCGCAGGACUCUCUGCUCUUCGGCACGUCCAUCAGGCAGAAUCUGCUAUACGGUGUCGAGCUAUGCGACAACGUCGGCGUCGACGACCAGCAGCUGCAGGGCGUGCUCGAGCAGGCAAACGCGUGGGACUUCAUCAGGCGGAUGCCGGAGGGGCUCUCGACGGAGGUCGGCGAGCGCGGCGUGCAGCUGAGCGGGGGCCAGAAGCAGCGUAUUGCAAUCGCGAGGGCGGUCCUCAAGCGGCCUAAGGUGCUCCUUCUGGACGAGGCCACCAGCGCGCUGGACAUGGAGAGCGAGAAGGUCGUGCAGCAGGCACUGGAGGAGGUGAUCCGCGCAUCCUGCUGCACCACGAUCAUGAUAGCCCACAGGCUGGCGACGGUGCAGAGUGCCACCAAGAUCAUGGUCCUCGCCGAGGGCGCGAUCCGCGAGGAGGGCCCGCCGAGGGAGCUGGCGAAGCGCCCAGGCGGGCUCUACGCGCGCAUGCUGCAGGCCGCGGCCGGCGAGCAGGGCCCGCCGCACGCCCCCGCCAGCGCCGGCAGCGUCCCGCCCAACGGCACCAACGGCGCCCACCCGCCCGACGACGCGCCAGACGCCGACGGCCGCCCCGCCGCCGCGGAGGGGCUGCGCCUGCGCGCCGGCGGCCCGAGGCGCACCGCGGCCGUGGGCUGACCGCCGCGGCGGCCCAGGCGGCGGCCCCGGCGGCUCCGGCGGAGCGCUGAGGCGUUCGCCCGCCCCCCCCCGUGCGCGGGGCGUGCGGCGCGCGGCGCGGCCCCGGGCCUGGCGGACGUGGUCAGGCUUCGGCCGGCCAGAUCAGUCUUUUCUUUUGUGUACAUGUAGAUGUUUUGUCAGCGGGGACGGAUCGGUGCCGGGGACCUGCGGAGGCCAGCUGGGACUGCCCCCUGGAGGGCCGUCGGCGCGCAGCCCGAAGCCUCACCGCGCAGAGCGCUGCCGCCUCCCCUGGCGCGGUGUGCGGCGCGCGGCGCGGUCCGGCGGGCGCCCGAAGUUUUGCGGCCCGCGGGCUCUGGUCAAGCAGUGCCGAAGCGUCCUGGCCUGCCUGCAGGCCCCUCGAAGAGUCUUCGAUGGGCCUGCAGAGCCCUUGGAGCCGUCUUGAAGACGGUUCUUAAGGACCUUCCGUGGUUUGCCCCAGAACAUGUCGUGGUAGGCCUAUAGAAAUGCCGGGACGGUCGGUCCCUGCUCAACCGGUGCGGGCGGCGCCCGGGGGGCGCGGGCCGCGGUGUGCUGGGGGAGGAAAAGUCUGGGUGGC